AUGAUACCCACAAGAGUACUACGACAGAAUAUAAAACCAAAGUUGGACUUUUCCAGGGUAUUGAAGGAUCUUUAUGGUGCUCUUCUGGCGGACUCUCAAAAGAAUUCCAAAAACUCCCUACAUGAAAAUCUAUCAAACUUUUUAGAAGACAACACAAGGAACAGAGACUAUGAAGGGGAUAUACCUUCUUUCAAAUUUAAUGAAGAUGACAAUAAAUCAUUUCCUGAUUUGCGGAAAAAUAGUUUUGCUACCAGUUUCUAUGCCAAUAAAGUUGGCGAUGAUGUAUCAGCGGAUAUUAAAGACCCUCCAAAACCAAAAGACAAGUUGAUUCCUGAGAAUUUGGCUGGGGCUUAUCUCAGUAAAUUCUUCCCAGAUGCAGUUGGUGGAAGUAGCGAUAAAAGAACCAACAUACUUUAUUACAAGACUGAUAACCCAUUCCUUCUCAAGGAGGAUUUCUUCUUGUUGUUAUCUGAUGGAAGUUCUUCAAACACCUCAACCGACAAGGCAGGUUCCCAUACAAUAUUCUCUAAAAGAUUUCUGCUUGGUUGGAAAUUGGAAAGCUUUGAAGUAAUAAAAGCCAGAGAUUCUGAUGUUUUGGAAUUUGCUGGAGGUUAUUUUUUGAUGUUCAAGAGUCAUGAUCUUGCAUGUGCCUAUUUUUGUGAUGUGAUCAAUAGUGCGUUUGAAGGCCAGCCGUUUAAUCUUGAAUUUUUGGAUGUCACGGAUGAAAAAAAAAAUAAACAAUUAGCUCACAAGUUCUUGGAGGAAAAUUUGGAAUUCACGAAAAUAAGGUCAGACAAGGUCAAGGGGCGCAUUGAACAUUGUGGGUCGAUCGUUUCUACGAUAGGAGAAUCUAGUCCGGAUCUUGACCCUAAACAAUAUUCUUCGGAAGAGAUAUUAUUCAUAAAGUCUACCAUUAAAGAUCUCCCAGCUAUGAAGCGUGAUCAAUGUGUUGUGGUUCAUAAUUUACCUUAUUCCAUGACUCCAGUUGGGAUCAUUCAUCACUUUCUUUGGAAUUUCGAUUUAUACCCAGAUCACUCUAAAGCGGUCAGAUUAUUGCUCGACGAUCCCGUUGCGCGCUACAAGUGCUGGGUCAUUGGUUUUGAUAAUAAUGAUGACCCUAAACGUUUUUUUAGGGCAUAUCAUGGAAAAUAUUUGGAGGGUAAUACCAAUUUUCCAAAAGUUUAUGUCGAUAUAUUGGAUUAA